GGGUGGGUUUGGCCCCUGCCAGAGCCAGGCCCUGCAGGAUGGGGCAGGGCUCGGCAGCACCCGUGGUGCCCCCAAAGACGAUCUGAGCGGGACCGAAGCACCCACGAGCCUCUGGGAGGGGGCAGCGUGAGCGGGGGCUGCUCCGUGCAGACCCCAACCCUUAAAGCAAGGCGGGGCCUGGACCCCCCCCAGCCCUUCGCUGGGGACCCUGUCCCCACGUCCCCAGGGAUUCUUCGCCCCCUCGGGGGUUGCAGUGGGAGGGGGUCCCGACGGCGCCCACCCAUGGGUGCUGCCCCCCCUCUGUUUUCUCCCGAGGAUGGAGCGAGGCAGAGCGGAGCCACCCGCGGCCGCUGCCAAGGUCUCGGUGAUAAGGGCAUUAAUCUUUACCCGGUUAUGGCACCUGGCACUCCCCGGGCACGUGGGGGGCAGUGGGGAGAGAUGAGCCCCCUCUGUCCGUCCGUCCAGCCCCCCACCCCCCCGUCCCUCUGUCCGUCUGCACCCACCGGGCAGAUCCUGCCCCUGCUGCGUGAAGCCGCUCUUCCAAAACGACACCGACAAGCCCCAAAUCUGCCUCUUCUCCACCCAAAACUGCGCUGCUCCCAUGCUGCCCGGGGGGCACCCCCCCCAGCUGCUCCCAGUCCGCCCAGUCUCCCCAGUGCCUGCGGUGCUGUUCCCGUGGUGCUGUGACUGGGGGUCCCGGUGGGUGCUGGGGGCCCGAGGGUGCUGGUGGCGGAGUGGGGCGGAGGUGCCACCACCCGGGGGUUAAGGGCACCGCGUUGCCAUGGCACUUGGUGGCACUUGUCCUCCUGAGCCCAAUAAAAGCCGCCCCUUGGCCCCGGGUGCAGGGAGCGGUGCCGCGCGCGCUGGGAGACGAGCGCCCGCCUCGGGGUGCAGGAUCGGGCCCCUCCGCCACCCCGCGAUGCCGAGGUCCCCGCAGCCCCUGGGGCUGCUGCUCCUGCUCGCCCUCGCUGCCACCGCCCGGGGACAGGAGGCCACCGGCUCCAAGCAGUGGCAGCCCUGGCUCAUUGGCCUCACGGCCGUCGUCGUCUUCCUCUUCAUCGUCUUCGUGAUGCUGCUCGCCAACCGCUUCUGGCAGCUCAGGAUGCGCAGGAAGCGCGGAGCCCCCGAGGAGCCGCAGGCGAUCGGCAGGCUGGAGAAGGCCGCCUACAGCAACGCGGCCGCCGACAGGGACAGCGACGACGAGCAGGAGCGCCACAAGGCCACGUCGCUGUGACACGCGUGGGUUGCGCUCCGGCCCGCCCGCCACCGCGGAUCCGCGCCGGGUUUUGCGGAGCGCCGAGUGCCGAACGGCCCCGGCUGACGGCAAAGCCCGGCCUGGAUCCCGGCACCGCGGGAAUGGAUCGGGAACGGCGCC